CCUCUUUAAAUCAAAUGUCUCUCUGCAUCUGGUCCUAGAAUCGCCCACUCUUUGUAGAGAAAUUCUGCUUCAAGGGGACAAUUAGUUAUGUUCCCUCAUUGUUUCAUGGCUAAUUUCUGGAUAGAUCAAAAUAAUACAAAGAUCAAGAUUGUAAACACUUAGGAAGCUGUGAUUUUUUGCUCCAGAAGUUGAAGAGAGCAAAAUAUGCCAGCCUUUGUUUCUGCCUUUUGCUUGGUUUCUUUAGGAGAAAUAUAAAUUUUGGAGAUGGCACUCAUGCUUCCCCUGUUCCCAUACUGUCCUUUUUUGGGGUCUAUUAAUAUGCUUCUUUUUUUUUUUUUUUUUUUUAAUUUAUUUUAUGGCAGGUGAUAUUAGUGGAGGGGUGGCAUGAUUUAGAUAACAAAGACUAUGACUGUUGGCCCCUGGAAAAACCAGAUGAGUAUAAUAUGCUGGACUGUGGAGGCCUGGAGAUGUCGUGGGUGCAAAGGCCUCCAGAGAAGGUGGUGAGUGGGGAAUUCUUCAACGUGACCUAUGCAGUCUUUGCUGCAGACAGCUUUUAUCAAUACGCAGUGCAAAACGGAAUCCUUUCUCACAGCAAUGCUACUGCUGCGAAGGAAUUCUGUGAGGAGCAGGAGUGCCCUGCCAGCUGGAAAGAUGCAAACGUGGACAACUGCUGUGUUUACCACGCCAACAUUCACUCUUGUCCUUUGGCGUUCAUGGGUAGAGGAGGAAUAUGUGGUCCGUGGAUCCCAGAUGAUGGCCAGAUAUUUACUCACACUUUUUCUACAGCUGGCAAAAUGAGCCAAAGAAACUGGACUGCCAAGGUUGUUUUAGUUCAUGUGGGUGUGACUUCUCUCAUCGCACACAUCAGAGUUGGAAGAAUGCAAGUUGCUCUGGAAGCAAAAACCACAGUCCUACCUGCAGUAGUCUGUGGAGAUGGUUUUUGUGAGGAAGAAGAAGGCUGCUCUAUCUGUCCCGCAGACUGUGGGGAAUGUCCGCUGUCUGCUGAUGCUAGGAUAGCAAUUGCCUUACCAAUAUGUUUAGUCUGCGCUAGCUUCAUUUUGACAGUGAUGUGGUUUCAAUAUCAGAAACAAAAGAUGUUUUGGGAUGAAAGCUGGAUUAUAGACUUCUCCUGCAUCAAACAAGAUCACACAAUAUGGACAGCAACAGGAAGCAUGAUGAGUGCUCCCCCAGUACCCAGUGACUGCACUGCCAGCUGUAUCACUGCUCUGAGCUCCUGUACAGCAGCUGCUAACGUGUCCAGGAAACAGCACUUCACCCACACUGGGAGAUACGAUGGUAGAACAGUGGCCAUAAAGAAAAUAAUGAAGAAGGCAUUCACGCUGUCCAAAUCCAUCCGUAAAGAAGUAAAGCAAGUGAGGGAACUUGACCAUCCCAAUCUCUGCAAAUUCAUUGGAGGUUGUAUAGAAGUGCCAAACGUUGCCAUUGUUACAGAGUACUGCCCCAAAGGCAGUCUGAGUGAUGUUCUGCUCAACGAAGACAUUCCUUUGAACUGGGGCUUCAGGUUUUCUUUUGCUACUGAUGUUGCACAAGGAAUGGCCUAUCUUCACCACCACAAAAUGUAUCAUGGACGGCUGAAGUCUCGUAACUGUGUGAUAGAUGACCGAUGGGUUUGUAAGAUUGCAGAUUACGGUUUGCAGUCAUACAGAAAAGAAGAUUCUCCUGAGGAGACAAACUCAUACCACCAGCAUUUGAUACAGGUUUACACAGCUCCUGAAAUCCAUUCCCUUUCAGACUUCGAACCCAAUCCUAUGACAGACGUAUACAGUUAUGCCAUCAUUUUACUAGAAAUUGCCACAAGAAGUGACCCUAUGCCAAAAGAUGACGUGCAUUCAGCUGAAUAUUCUUGGUGUCCAUCUUUGGGAGAAUUAAUUUCAGGAAAGGCUGAGAAUUCUUGCCCAUGUCCCACAAAUUAUAUAGAGUUAAUUAGAAGGUGCAGAAAAAAUAAUCCAGCCCAAAGGCCUACAUUUGAGCAAGUCAAGAAAAUGUUGUACGAGAUGAAUCCUAAUAAAGUUAGCCCUGUUGACAUGAUGAUGACUCUGAUGGAGAAAUAUAGCAAACAUCUGGAGAUACUGGUUUCUGAGAGAACACAGGAUUUAAUGCACGAAAAACAGAAGACUGAUCGUCUGUUGUAUAGUAUGUUGCCAAAGCAAGUAGCAGAUGAUCUCAGGCAGGGAAAACAUGCACAAGCUCAAAGUUACUUAAGUGCCACCAUCUUUUUCAGUGACAUUGUUGGCUUCACUCAGCUGUCCAGCAGCAGCACACCGUACCAAGUGGUUGAUCUCUUGAACAAGCUUUAUACCACUUUUGAUGAAAUUAUAGAUAACUAUGAUGUCUAUAAGGUGGAGACAAUAGGAGAUGCCUAUAUGGUGGUGUCAGGAGUACCCAAAGAGAACGGGAUCCUUCAUGCCGGUGAGAUUGCAAGCAUGGCUUUAGACCUUCUGGAUGUCUGCAAGACUUUUAAGAUCCCACACAAGCCCGACACCCUCCUAAAGAUAAGAGCAGGAAUCCAUUCAGGAGCAGUUGUAGCUGGAGUUGUUGGGACCAAAAUGCCACGGUACUGUUUAUUUGGAGAUACUGUGAACACAGCUUCCAGGAUGGAAUCUACCAGUGAAGCUCUUAAAAUACAGUGCAGUUCAAGCGCAUACCAGCUGUUGGAGCAGAUUGGAGAGUAUGUGUUAAUAUGCCGUGGGAAUUUACAAGUCAAGGGGAAAGGAGAUAUGGUAACAUACUGGCUUGAAGGUAAGAAAGCCUCUGCCACCCAGAAGACAGUCACCAGCGCUUCUGUGACUCUUCAGGACCCCAACAGAGCUUCAUUUAGUGUGAUACCAGGUGUCCUGCACAGUGAUCCCCUCUCAAGUCCUGCCUACUAGCCACUCACUGACUUCAACAUGCAUCAUGCUUUCAGUCUGCUAGGUCAUCCUGCUGAACUAGAAAGUAAGAAAAUAUAGAUAGUGUGUCACUUUGGCCUUGUGGAUGUGUUAGCUCACACUUUAUUCACAGGUGACAGGAAAAAUACAAAAAAGCAAAAAAUCACCUUGAGAAACGAUACGUAAGACUGGCCCACCAGGGCAGAAGGUAGGUCCCGGUGUCACUUGUUGACUUGGUUUUGCUGGUUAAUCCCCUGCCAGCAACCUCUGUUACUUCAAAACCAGGUGGCUGGACAUCCAGCCUCUAAGCUGUUCCUAAAGGGAAGAAAGAGACAGUGUAGUGUUGCUAUUCGGUGCCAUGGUAAACCUUGUGGGUGUGAUUGGUUUUGUGCCCUGAAAGGGAACAGUGAGAAGUGUGCUGUGUUAGAAAGCAACACCCAUCAAAAGAGGAGGAUGAAACAGUGCAAUUGCAGUGGAUACAAAUCAAAAUGAGCAUUUGUGCUCCUGCUUCUGUUUCAUCUCUGUUGAAUGGAACACAGCAUGAGGAAUUAAGAACAAUGUCCAGGGUUAGUGAUACCUGCCAUCUUCAUAGAGAGAUCUAAAAAUCUUUGGAGAUAAAUGAAAGACAUUGCAUGCUGUUGUUAAACAGAAGAGACUCCAUUACAGCUGCUCUUGUCUCUGACUGUUCUGGGAUUUCUCUGAAAAACUACUCAUGACAUUGGCUUAUAUUAUAGAGUCGCUUUGAUUAAAGUGGCGGUGGAAGCUGGUUAGUUUUCUGACUGUGAAAUCAGGCAGCCCUCUGAGUCACUGUGUAAUUUAGGACAUAGUCUAGAAACGGUCAUUCCUGAGCAAGCAUUUCCUGUAAAGAGAGACCCGCCACUACAAGUGGAGUCAUCUGUUGACGAGCACGGUUCCGUAAGCACUGCUGGUGUUGACUUUCUUUAAAGAUAAAGCAUAUGUAUGGUGGGCACUGUUUAUACUUUUUAAGGUUUUAUUUAUGGUAAUAAACUACCUUUCAGGGUUAAUCUAUUCAGCUCCAGUUGAACUGAUCGGAAUUAGAUAGGUGAAACAGAGGAAAUAAAGAUACCAAGAGUCACUACAGUUCCACCACAAUGUGAACUGGACUUGCCAAAGCUAACUGUGAGGAGGGGUAAAGGAAGGACCAUGAGUGACAUAGCACCAUUUACCCCUCCUUAUCCUGCUCCUGUACCUUCCAGCCUGUCCCCAAUCCUAGGUACAAGUACAAAAACACGUAUCUAGAUGAAAUUUUUCUGGUAUAAAGUACGAAUUUGUGUAACUUAAACAAACAGCUGACUAGUUGCCCAUGUUCCCAUGGAGUUAGCAUGUGUGACAGUAAUAGAAGAGUCAUGCUGUGGUCCUUCAGCUUCUGUGGAAAACAAAUGCAGUGGUAAUGUUAGAUUUUUCAGAGAUGCUUAAUAGAGGUAGCAAGCUAAAUCCUUCUGAAUUAUGGAAGACUUGUUUGAAAUGCACAGAAAACUAUAGAAGAUUCUGAGUGAAAUGCUAUCUCAGAAGUCUGUUGGAAUGUUACCACUUGAAUGGGACUGGAAUCUCAGAAUGGGACAUACAUAUAGCUGAUCUUGUCACAUGAGAUCCCAACAUAGAAUCCAGUUAAAUUUUUUAAAAUUAAAAUUUUUAAUUGGCUUCACAUUUUUUCCCAAACUUAAAAGAUUCUUUUCUCUAUUUUUUAAUUUCAUAUUGGUACAUGAUAUGGUGCAGUUAUCUUAUUUGUAAUCUUAUGAAAAUAAACCUUUCAGUUAUCCAGAACCCAGAAAUAACCUUUAGUACAAACAUUUGUUUUAUCUAAAUGCUACCUAGAUAUUCUGAAACUCUCUGCUCUAUUAUAUUGCUGUGUGAUGUAUAAUAUAGUUUACAUUAUUCUUUUAAUGAGUUAGCCUUUUUUAAAUUUCUAUUAGAAAGGUGCGUAUCAUAGGGUCUUAUCAAAUGUCAGUGUGAAAUCAUGAGCAUUGUUAUAUGUUCAUCUGUACCAGUACUUCUGUUUUAAAUUUCUGCAUUAUUUUAGUGUUGGUUUUAGAAUUAAAAGCUUUAAAAUUAGUGUCUUCUGAGUUUAAACUCUUCUAAAGAGAAAUUAGUGAUGAGUGACUAUUAGAAAGCCUGUUGGAUUCACCAUUGAUAUGUCCUUGGGUAAAUUAAAAUUCUGCUGAAGAUAGUAGAGAUUCUUGCUGAAUUCAAGACACUUAGAGUCUGAUGGUUAUCUGCAAAAGAGGUACAGCUUGAAGAACACCAGUGUCAGCCUGCCUCUCCAUUUUGUUGUUAUUUCUUGAUCCUCUCCUCAAACAGAGCAUCUCCAGAAUGAGAACUAAUUUAUUCUCUAAGGACCAUUGAAUCUGUCAUAUCCCUCCUGAGACUUCAAGCAGUAGUCCUUAUAAUGUCAGUUUGUCCAAUGACUGUGAUGAUAUGAGUGUUGUUCCUCCAGAAGACAGAAGUACAAAAUGAAUGUUAUAUAUGCAACCUGAAGUGUCUUCAGUCAACUGGCAA